AUGUCAUUUCAUUCUAGCAGCAGCGUGCAUAUUGGAAGGUGUGGAUCUCAGCUGCAGCCUGGGUCUCCCUGGUCUUCAGGGAUCCCACUGCUGACACCAAUACACUGCCAGACGUCCACCCUGGGCCACACUGGGUUCCACACUGGCACCUCCCACGCUGUCUCUGCCUUCCUCACCCAGGACUCAACCCACACUAACACACCCCUCCUCAUCCCCAAGACAGAGAAACUCUCCCCUGUACAGAUCUACGGCUCUGAGAUAACUAGUUUAACAGUGAGCUUUUCAGGACACUCAGGCCAGACGUCCCCAACCAACCUUCACUCAGGCCAGACGUCCCCAACCAACCUUCACUCAGGCCAGACGUCCCCAACCAACCUUCUAGAGAGGGAAUCCAACCCUGAGUCUCCACCUGGACAUUCCAAAAUGGAGUCAAACAAGACACAGUCCAGGAGUAUAACUCACGUCUCUGCUGAGCAGAAGAGACGUUUCAACAUCAAGCUAGGCUUUGAUGUUCUGCACAGUCUCGUCACCACGAUGAGCUCUCAGCCAAGUAUAAAGAUCAGCAAGGCCACGACUCUACAUAAGACAGCAGAGUACAUCAGUCUGAUUCAGCAGGAGAGAGCUCAGCUGUACGAGGAGGCUCAGAGACUCAGAAGCCAGAUUCUGCUCCUUAACUCUGCCAUCGAUGUGUACCAGCUGCAGCUGCCCGUCACUGGCAUGCCCAUCACCUGCCAACGCUUUGACCACAUGAGGGAGAAGUUCAGAGAGUACGUCCGGGCACGGACUCUACAGAACUGGAAGUUCUGGGUCGUAUCCUUCUCCACUCUGUCUGGCCACAGGAACCUUUAG